AUGUUUCAGUUUUCAUCCCUGGUCCAAAAGGCCCAGUCGUUCAUUGAUCCGGCCAACUUCAACCUCCCAGUCAUCUCGUCCGCCGACCGCAACCCCUCCAAAGCCUCUCUUUUCCGCCAGCAAUUCCGCCUCCCAGACUCACAAAAUCCACUGCAGGAAAUAACCGCUGAACUGAUUCUCACCAUCAACCGGGGAGGAUCAUCAAACACCCAUGGCGAACGCUCGGACCAAUCUGGAAAUCGGUAUACGGGCCGUCUACACCUGAGCGAGCGCUUUCUGUCAUUUUCUACUCAACCUACAAGCUUUCUACCCUCUGCGUCUCAUAGCUCCUCGACCGUUUUCACCGGUCAGACUCACGGUACCGGCCCAUCCGGCAAUGGCUUCACGUUGCCCUUGUGUUCUAUUCGCCGUGUCGAACGACUCAACAGUCUUGCCAAUGUGUUUUCGCUAGCAUUGACUACAUGGAACGGGGCUUUGAAUCCAAGUGCGGCUAAAAGCCCAACAUUUGUUCCCCAGAAGUUCACCAUACAACUAGUUGGAAGCAGGCAGGCCUGCGAACGUUUCUGUGAUGGUUUACGGAAGGGGCUGCGAGAGAGUAUAAAGGAGAUUGAAAGCCUGCGCUCAGUGGUCAUGGAUGAGUACUCAGAGUACCUCUUGACCGUUCCUUCCAAAAGCAAGGAAGACUCCGAUGCGACAGCAAGACAGCCGCCUGAUGCCGGACUUGGUAUGGUCUUUCGCUAUCCGGGAGAUGCUCGCAAACUUCGCGAUCGGAAAAAUGGACGCAAUGCCACAUUACUUCGCCAGCCAACGUUUCACAAACUCAUCCGUGUUGGUUUACCGAAUCGCCUAAGAGGAGAAAUAUGGGAGCUGACUUCGGGCUCGCUCUACCUACGUUUGAGAUCACCGAAACAUUACGAAGAAACCCUGAAGAAAUUUUUCGGUCGAGAGUCCUUGGCCAUUGACGAAAUCGAGAAGGAUUUGAAUCGAAGUCUGCCUGAAUAUCCAGGCUUUCAGAGUGAGGAAGGCAUUGGACGUUUGCGCAGGGUUUUGACUGCAUACAGCUGGACAAACGAACAAGUAGGCUAUUGUCAGGCUAUGAAUAUAGUUGUCGCGGCCUUAUUAAUAUAUAUGUCAGAGUCCCAGGCAUUCUUUCUGUUAUCGGUUCUCUGUGACCGACUUCUGCCAGGGUACUAUUCUACAACAAUGUAUGGCACGUUGCUGGAUCAGAAGGUCUUUGAAUCCCUUGUUGAGAAGACAAUGCCAGUACUAUGGGAACACCUUGUCAAGUCUGACGUGCAGUUGUCAGUUGUCUCUCUGCCAUGGUUUCUAUCUCUCUAUAUCAACUCAAUGCCCUUGGUCUUUGCUUUUCGGGUUUUGGAUGUCUUCUUUCUCGAAGGACCGAAAGUUCUCUUCCAAGUCGGACUGGCUAUCUUGCGUAUCAAUGGCGAAGAGCUCUUGGACGUGCAGGAUGACGGCUCAUUCAUAUCGAUACUGAAGUCGUACUUCUCUCGCUUAGAUGAAUCAGCGCACCCUCGCUCAGAAAAUCCUAAGCUUAGAGCUAUUACCCGAUUUCAAGAACUGAUGGUCGUGGCCUUCAAGGAAUUCUCGGGCAUCACUCAUAAUUCUAUCACUGAGCAACGGGAGAAGCAUAAGGAUGCAGUUUUGGAAAACAUUGAAAAUUUCGCGAGGCGUACAUCUAUUAGGAAUCUUGGCCCAGAAAGUAAGAAGCUGAGCAUGGAUGAUCUCGGCACAAUUUACGAUCGCUUUUACGAGGUUCUAUAUGACCAAGAACAGAGACAGAAGCUUCUGGAUCAAGAGAAGAAACAAGAAAAGAAGAAGGUCGAGCGCUACUCCAUUCUCGGUCCUCCUGUUGACGCAGAAGUCGGACGCGUUGGGCUUGGUCCAAGUCCAACACAUAUGGACUACGAUGCCUUUAGGCAGUUCUUAGCAAACACAGCGAGAUGGGCGAUUGCAGAUUCUCCCAGUCAUGGGCGGUAUUCCGAAAAGGACCGCAAUGGUAACAACAAUGGAAGUGUUCGCAGUCGAAGCACGUCAAAUGCGAAAUGGGGCGAUAAUGCAGAGCCGGCUGACCACGAGUUCAUGCAACGCCUAUAUCGUAAAUGGAACACUGACGGUAGCGAGGGUUUAAGUCUGCAGAAUGUCGUUGUGGGAUUGGCGAAGUUGAAAGGCACGCGCGAUAUCAUGAACUCGAUAAAUUACUUCUUUGAUCUUUAUGACGACAGCGGAGAUGGUCGGAUUGACCGCGAAGGUAUAUUGAGAAUCUCAGAAGCACUACUCUUCCUGUCACGAAGAGGCUUUGAUGGGGCGCUUACCCCCAGUGAGACUUUGGAGGAUAUUGCUGAAGCAGGCCUACCACUUGAACAACGCGACAAAAUGAAGCUUAGCGUCGAUGAACGGUUCCUUGGUAGCGUGAGUUCUUUUAUUCGACGUUGCUUUGAAUAUGCGGAUCCAAGUCAUCCGCAGAAUCAGCAACAGGAUGAUUCAUCCGCUAAGGAGGCCGAUAAUGCCGCCACCAAGUUGGAUGCAUUCUCUAUUGGCGACGAUGAGGAAGAUGAAGAAGACCUGAUUGAGGUAGAUGAGAAGAAGCCCGAAAAAAAUUUAUCUGCUCCCUCAACACCGAUUUCGAAAGAAGCGUCUUCGAAUCCUAUCAAGUCGCCAUCUGGUCGUUCAGAAGCGGCGAAUGCAGCUCUUGAUCCAAAUAACCCAUUACAUAUAACCCUACCUACUUUUAGGAUGGUUGUUCUAGCGGACGAGCUCUUGGAACAAUUUUUUGAGACCUUCUUCCCGCUAUCGUUCCGCCUAUCAGAUCACCCCAACCCUGCUUCAAUGACGACAUCGACGUCUCUCUCAUCUAACCUCACUACAUUCUCUAAUCUCGGCUCCGCGCGCUCUACAUUGGGCGCCAUGUCAGGCGCAACUGUUGCUGGAGCAUCGGGAGGCAUUGUCCCUCCUAACAAGGGCCUUCGUGGCGUGUUGGAUAAUAUUGUCUCGGACGGAAUGCGCAUGGCAGCCGAGGUGCGUAAGAAGAUGGAGGAGGCACAACGCGAAAUGGAACGCAACGCCCUGGGCACGCGCAAUGAGGAUGAUGACGAGGAGGAAGAUGACGACGGCAGAGGCCUGGUCACCUCUUCUACAAUCGUUGGUGGUAUCUCGAGCUGGGGAGCCGGUGCAUACGGCAUCGAUCCUGAGCGGCGCAGUGUCCGCGAGCGCGACCGAGAUCUUCUGGAAGGCGCUGAAGCAGAAUCCGUCCUUGACGGUAAAGACACCGUCUCUCACCAGCCGUCAUCAGACUCCACCGAUGAUCGUCCCCAACAUACACCGUCUCCGUCUCCCAGUAAAGUGCCCGAGGAAGGCGAGAACCAAGAACAAAAACUCAAGAACAAGGCCUGA